AUGCGCGUGCGCUACCUGGCGCAGCGCUACUCGACCAUCUCGCCGCUCGGCGACGACGGCCAGAACCCCUUCUCCGCCGCGCCGCACCCGCUCAUCGACCCGCGCUCGCCGCUGUUCCAGGCCCGGGCGUGGGCCAAGGCGCUGGUGAAUCUGCGGGCCGAGGAGGCGGACCUGCUGCCCGAGCGCACGGCGGGCGUGGGGUUUGGGAAGCUGGAGGUUUGUGCGAGCGGCGGUGGGAGCGGGGGAUGCGUGGGGCGGCUGCUGCUGCUGCGCGGGGCUGUGGGUGCUGCGCGCCGCCGCGAGAAGACUGUCUUGCAGGGCUUCGACGGCGUCGUCGAGAGUGGCGAGUUGUUGCUUGUCUUGGGCCCUCCGGGAGCGGGAUGCUCGACGCUGCUGAAGGCCAUCGCAGGAGAGCUGCACGGCCUCCGGCUCGACCAGCAGUCUUACAUCAACUACCAGGGCAUCUGCGCCGACCAGAUGCACGACGAGUUCCGCGGCCAGGCCAUGUACACCAGCGGCGCGACGGAGGCGCACACGGCCGCCCUCAGCGUCGGCGACACGCUAGCAUUUGCGGCGCGGACGCGGGCGCCGCGGCGACUGGUGGGCGGCGUGGCGCGCGAGCGCUGGGUGCAGCACAUGCGGGACGUGGCCAUGGCCAUGUUCAGCGUCAGCGACUUUGCGGACGCGCGGGUCGACAGCGUGGGCGCGGCGGUGCGCCGGCGCGUCGGCAUCGCCGAGGCAACGCUGAGCCGCGCCCCGCUGCAGUGCUGGGACGAGUGUACGCGGGGCUUGAGCGCGGCGGAUGCGCUCGAGUUUUGUAGGAGCCUUAGGGUGCAGGCGGAUCUGAUGGGCGCGACGGCCUGCGUCUCGCUGUAUCAGGCCAGUCAGGCAGCGUAUGACGUCUUUGACAAAGUGACGCUGCUGUACGAGGGGCAGCAGAUCUUCUUUGGGCGCGUUGACGAGGCCCGCGACUUCUUCGUCGCCAUGGGCUUUGAGUGCGCGCCGCGCCAGUCGACGGCAGACUUCCUGACGGGGCUGACGAGCCCGGCCGAGAGGCGUGUGCGCCCGGGCUUCCAGUGCAUCGUGCCGCGCACGCCGGACGACUUCGUGCGGGUGUGGCGAGCGAGCGAGGAAUAUCGGAGGCUUUUGCGUGAUAUCAAAGAGUACCACGGGAAGUAUGCCAUUGGCGGUGACCACCUGCAUAGCUUUGCAUUGUCGAAGAGAGCGCAGCAGGCGAGACUGACGCGUGCAAAGUCACCGUAUACGCUUUCGUAUGCGCAGCAGGUCUGGCUCUGUCUGUGGCGGUGCGCCAAAUGCUCCAGAACAGACGCGAGACGAAUCUCGAUGCAAACAUUUGGAUACGCUGUCGUGAGUGUUAUUCUCGGAAGCGUCUUUUACAACUUGCCACCUGGCACCGAGAGCUUCUACCAAAGGGGCGCGCUUCUUUUCUUUGCCAUCUUGGCAUGCGUGCUUAGCAGUUCCUUAGAGAUACAAGCAGUGUACGCACUGCGUCCCGUCGUCGAAAAGCACGCCCGCCACGCUCUGUACCACCCGUCUGCAGAAGCGCUCGCAUCAACCAUAGCGAUUAUGCCGCGGAGAGCUCUCGAAGUGCUCGUCUUCACUGUUCCCUUCUACUUCAUGGCAAACCUCCGCCGCGAACCCGGCGCCUUUCUCUUUUUGCUUCUGAUAUCGUUCUUCCUUUCCCUGACACUGGCGUUGCUCUUCCGCUCCGUUGCUUCAAUCUCACGAACGCCAUCCCAGGCCACUGUGCUGGCUAUUCUGCUUGCCCUGUCUAUGAUCAUCUUCUCCGGGCUACCGCUCCCGGUACCGCAUAUGCGCGGGUGGAUCCGUUGGACCAACUACCUGGACCCAGUGGCAUAUGCGUUUGAGGCGUUGAUGGUGAACGAGUUUGACGGUAAGAAGUUUGCUUGUGAAGCCUUUGUUCCGGAUUAUCCGGACGCAAAGGGCGACAAUCGCGUUUGCUUAGCUGUCGGGGCUGUGGAAGGGGCGGAUACUGUGAAAGGGGAUGCGUUUGUCAAGGCCGCUUUCCAGUACUUUCCUGCGCAUCAAUGGAGUUGUUUUUAUAUCCUUGUCGGUUACGCUUUUUUCUUCUUGCUCGUCUACCUCCUCUCGACAGAGUUCGUCCGAGCCAAGAAGCCCAAAGGCGAAAUCCUUGUUUUUCAGCGCGGUCAUGCUCCUCAUCCUGUCUCGGACGAUAUCGAGAUUUCAGCUCUGCGGAGUCCGCAGAAAAGACGGGACUCGGCCACUGCUUCGGUUAUACCUCAAACUCCGACGUUCCAUUGGCAGGAUCUCUGCUACAACAUCAAGACGAAAAAUGGGCAAAGAAGAGUCUUGGACGACGUUGACGGUUGGGUAAAGGCGGGGUCUCUGACGGCAAUAAUGGGUGUUUCUGAAGCCGCCAAAACAGCACUGUUGGAUUUCCUUGCCGACAGGGUCACUAUAGGUGUUGUCAGUGGCGAAGUAAUGAUGGAUGGGCUCCCGCGCAACAAGAACUUCCAGUAUACAAUGGGCUAUGUCCAACAGCAAGACUUACACCCACCUACUUCGACUGUCAGAGAAGCGCUAAACUUUAGUGCACUGAUGCGGCGACCGGCACAUGUGCCGAAGAAAGAGAAGCUGGAGUAUGUGUCAGAAGUCCUCAAUCUUCUGGACAUGGAAAACUAUGCAGACGCCUUCAUUGGCUUCCCUGGGGAAGGCCUCAACACCUCGCAGCGGCGCCGCCUAACCAUCGCCAUCGAGCUAGUCGCCAAACCCACCCUCCUCCUCGUCGACGACCCCACCUCCUCACUCGACGCCCAAACCGCCUGGACCAUCUGCACCGCCCUCGAGCAGCUCUCCAACAGCGGCCAAGCCGUCCUCUGCGCCCUGCACCAAGCGCCCGCACCGCUGCUCUCGCGCUUCGACCGCCUGCUCCUCCUCGCCGCCGACGGCAAGCCCGUCUACUGCGGCGACACGGGGCCGGGCUGCGCAAGCGUCAUCAAGUACUUUGAAGAGCGGGGCGCGUCGCCCUGCCCCGAGGCGGCGAACCCGGCCGAGUGGCUGCUGCAGGUCGCGUCCGCGUCCGUUCCUGGCGCAGGCGCAGGCGGCGCCCCGGACGCGGCGGGCUUCUGGCCCCAGGCGUGGAAGGAUAGUGGCGAGGCGAGGGUGCUGCGCGAGGAGCUGCGCCGGCUUGGCGAGCUGCCGUUGCGCAGGUGCGUGCUUGAUGUCGAUGCGGCGGGGCAGGGGGUGGGGGAGCGGACCCGGCGCAGCGCCUUCGCGGCUCCGUUUUUGCUGCAGCUGCGGGAGGCGACGAAGCGGGCGUUGUUGCUGCGGUGGCGGGAGGGGCCGUAUUUGCUCUCCCGUAUGCUGCUCUCUGUGGUGGUUGCUGUCCUCAUCGGCCUCGCUUUCUCCCCCGCAGCCACGCACCAAAACCACUCCACUUCCGCCGUCUUCGCUCUCCUCGCAGCCCUCACAGCCCUAGCAGCCCACCAGCACCACCACCUCAUCCACUCUACGACAACACCCCACACCUCCCUUAGCAUCUCGCUCCUCGCGCACGCCCUCGCCGAACUCCCCCCCACCGCCCUCCAAGCCGCCUCCCUCUUCGCCCCAUUCCACUACCUCACCUCCAGCUCCGCCACCUCCACCACCUCCACCACCGCAGCAGCAGCGACAUUCGCGCUGCUCCUCUCCGCGCUGCUGCUCGCUGCGGGCUUCAGCGCUACUGUUUUACGCAUACGCACCCACGCGCACGCGCACGCUCUCCUGUGGCUAGCCUUCACACUCCUGCUGCUCAGCGGCGCAGCCCCCGCUCCUGCUCCUACAUCCAGCGCGCUCCCCCGGCUCUGGCAAGCGCUGCAGCGCGCAAAUCCGCUGGGGUGGGUGGCAAUGGGGCUGUUCGCAGCGGCGGGUGCGGAUGCGGGUGUGGAUGUGAAUGAGAGGGCGGCGUGGCAGGCGGUUGGCGUGGUGUGGGUGUUUGUGGGGGUGGGGGUUUGUGUUUGUGCCGUUUUGGGCACGGGGGUGUGGGGGAAGAGACGUAGGAGAGGGGGGAUGGCGGGGUAG